GGACGGGCGGGAUUAGCGGAGAGAUGGUUAGCAGCUCAGGCCGGGGCUUCUUAUCAGCAUUACUAUGAGCGUUCUCCCAAUUCCUCCUCCUCAUCUCCUCGUCAGGAUCCCGGCGCUUCCUGGUCCUCUCUCCCGCCUUUUGUCUCCCUCGGCCCUCCCGCGGGCACCUCCGGCGCCGCCGCCGCCAACUCCAUGAGGCGCUCACUGCGCGCCGCUUCCUCCGCCGACCCGUACGCCGACGGUCUCGCUGGAGCUUCUUCCCUAUCCGGAGGAGCGGUAGGUGGAGGUGGAGGUACUGCUGCUCAAGGCGGCAAUGUCAGCUUGAUGAGUCUGUCCACUCCCCCCCCCUCCGAGAAGGACGUCAUUCCUGAGUCCCUUACCGCCGGCGCAUCCGGCAAUGGACACGUGUCGGGAUCCGGUGCGCAGGGAUCUUCCCACAGCUUCUUCCCCAACGGUAAUGAAAAGCUUUAUGAAGCUUAUAACGACCUCCAUAGCCUCGCUCAGGACUUCCACAAGCCGUUCGAUGCCCCUGCCAUCCUCGUUGUGGGCCAUCAAACCGACGGCAAGAGCGCGCUUGUCGAAGCCUUGAUGGGAUUUCAAUUCAAUCAUGUUGGUGGCGGGACGAAGACUCGCCGACCCAUAACUCUGCACAUGAAAUACAAUGCAGCUUGCGUGGAACCUAGAUGCUACUUGGUCACCGAUGAUCGGCAGCAGAGAGAGGAGGAGAAGAGUCUGGAGGAGUUGCAGGUAAAGUGACGCAACGAAGGAAGGGGAGAGGAAAUGAAAGUAGAUUGAAAAA